UUGGUUCAAAGUGACAGGGAUGAUCCUAGCCUACCUCUGGUUACUGCUCCUUUCGGGCAUGCUUCCCAGGAAAUUGUAAACUUACUGCUCUGUGGGCAGGCUGUCCCUAAUGUGUUUGAUGGGAGGAUGGAUUUAGGAGGGGGAAUGUUUCUGAAAGGUAUAUCCCAAUAUGUGGAAGUUGGAUUUCUCACGCUGCUAGAAUCCCUGAAUUUCUGCAAGGUUGGUCAGUAUUUGAAACGCCCAAAUUGGCCUAUAUGGGUUGUUGGCAGUGAAUCCCAUUACACAGUACUGUUUGCUCUUGAUACCAGUGUUCAAAAUGAAAAUGAACUGGAAGAAAGGGAAUCACAGAUUCGGAAAGCUUUUGAUGCCCAAGAUCAGAGCGGAGGUGGUGGUUUCAUUAGUGUGGAAGGGUUCCAUCAAGUUCUCAGAGAAACAAAUAUCAAACUUCCACAAGAGAAGCUUGAACACCUUUGCAGUACAGGCUUCAUUGUAUGGAGUGAGUUCUGGCAAGUCAUUUUGGAUCUAGACAAGAGCUCGGGAGGUUUGAAGGAUUCAUCGGGAUUGAUGGGUAAGAAGGUCUUUGAUCUGUACCAUUUCAAUGGGAUUGCUAAAUCAGACCUGAAUGGUAGUCAAGUAAAUUCUAGGGGUGAAACUCCACUACAAAGACCCAGGCUCACAAAAUUGAGAGUUUCAGUUCCCCCAAGGUGGACACCUGAGGAAUUUAUGGCAGAUGUGACAGUUUCCACUGCUUCUAGUGCAAAUGAAUCUACUGGAAAGGAUGCCGAAGUUUCUAAACCUGAGCCUUCUCAGCAUGCACCUUUGGUAGACUGUGUAAGGACACGAUGGCCCCGUGCUGUCUGCAGCUGGUCAGGGGAUCCUCCUAGUAUAGUCUGAGAGAUUUACGGUGAGUCGUUUGUUGUAGAAUUUGUGGAUGUAACAGGUAAAGAACAAUUGGUUCAGCAAUGCCAAAAGAAAGAAGAGUUGAAGUUUUCAAGUUUUACUUUGAUGUUGUACUUCAGGGCACAUGUAUGGGGGUCAUGAAUCCAAAUUUUCUCCAAUAUGUGCAGAGCCGUUUUAUAAUGUGAAGGAAUGGAUCUUGUAACAUUCUCUUCGAUUUUGUCAUGUCAUUCAAAAGGUUACAAGGAAGAGCGAUGUUAUACUUGUUGUCAAGCCAACUUGUAAAAUCUAUUUAAAUGUGCUAUUGUCAUCGAUUAGAAAGAUUUUAGUUACUGGUGGGUUAUUAAUAAGUGUCUGUUGCUUUUGAGAUUGUAUUGUGAUCGGGUUCUGAAUAUGGAAAAUUGAAUAUUUGUAAUAAUAUUAU